UUUAUUUUGCUCAAGCACAGCAUAUUUUAGCUUAUUCUUUCUACUAAUUUCAAAAUGAGUCACAAGUAAUAUGCAGCAUACAGAUGACCAGUAACCUUAAAGUCCGAUUUUUACUGAAUUCACAUGUAGAUCUAAAAAUUUACAUGUGCUUACAUGUGCAUGUACAUAAUAUGCUUUUAUUUUUUUAUUGCUAUGUUACUUGGUCUCAACUAUGAAAAUCAACUCACUUUAGAGUAAAAUAAAGUAGGAAAUUCCUGGUUUCCUUAUAGAUGGCAGAAUCAGAAUCUCAGGAAGGAGACGAUUAUAACAGGGGAAAGAUGGUGGAGAACAUUAAAACAGACAUGGAGGAACUUCUGGAGGAAAUGGAAAAACUAACAGUGCGUGCAGCCUGGAUGGCUUACAGCUACACGGCCAUCCAGACCAACGCAGACCUGUCCAACGCCAUGCAGCACUCAGAAGACGUUUUCCUGAUGUGCAAAGAGCAGAUGGAGAAGAAAUGGCAAGAGGUGCUACUGGAAUCUAGAAGUGAAGGGGAAAAAAAGGAAUAAAUUGAACUUGGUCAUGCUGCCAGAAUGACAUUCCUCGGAAAAUCACUCAAGUCCUUUUUUGUCCCAGCUGUGGAGGUUUCACAGGCUCUGUGGGAAAUGGGCUUUCCUCUUGCUAAGAACUACUUAUUUGUGAAUGUCUGUGGAAUUAUUUUAAUGAGAUUACACAUAUAGCUUCAUAUAGUUGAGGGUAAAAGGCAGCAAUGUGUGUAGUUGCAUAAUGCCCAUCAGUAAUCCCUGUAGAGUUUGCACACACAAUUGACACGCCCUCUGACCUUUUCCCUGGAAGAUCAUACUCCAUGGUCAGCAUAACUGGAAUUCUUAGAAACCUGAACAAACUGGGGAGAUGGGGAGCAGGGCUGCUGUAGAGGACCAGCCUAAUGGCAUUGCAGUAACCUAUGCCUUUCAAAGAAAACUGAAGAAUUGCUUACUUUCCCAAAUAAAACACAGGUUAAAUUCUAGAUCUGCAGAUAGAUUUAGAUGGUUUUAUUUAGUAUUAUCAUCUAGGUGUUCAAUUACAUAGUUUUAUUAUUUAGAUAGAUCAUCUAUAGUUGUUGCAUCUUCUUUCAUUAGAUUUUUAACCAUUUCUUUGAACUGAUUUCCCCAGAAAGAUUGUUCCUCUCAAACCCUCUGAAGGUGGCAUGAAAUAAAUUUUUUUUUACCAUUAUAGACUGCAGUGAGUGUGGUGGCAUUGCUGCAGAAAAUACUAACCAUGUUAUAAAACAUGCUUUUCUCCAUACAUUCUUACUGUAAAAUAUUAGAAAAGGACUAAACAAUUUCUUCUUUAGUCAGGAUGUGGAUUGAGAGCAGCAACUUAUGGUUUGUGGUUUUACAUAAAUGAGUAAUUUAUCAGAGAUGGAAUUCACUGCAAUAAAUUUUAAGGAUCUUCCCUUUUAUUAAAAUCAGUCUCUUUUAACUAGAAAGUAACCACCAUGCAAUAAGUGAGAGCACCUCCAUCUCCUCUGAAGAGGUAAUGAUUUAAAUCACAUCUAAAGAAUCCCUGAAAGUUGGCCAAUGUUUAGGCUGUGUAUUUCUUUGAGAGUGGUUGAUCUAAAUUCAGACAAAAUGUUUAUCCACCGAAGUAAAAAAUAUGCAGACAAUUUAACUAUGGGUGUUUGGUUUUUUUUAAUACCAAGUAUUUCUAGAGAUACAAAUGGUAAGAACAAACUUUGAACUCUACACUUGACUUUCCCAUGGGUAGGUCUUCACUUCUCCCCAAGAUUUUCUUUGCAGUUAUGUGACGAUUACAAGAGGAAAGUUAGGGAUGGGCAGCAGUGCUUAUUCCUAGAAAAACUAUACAGCAAGAUAUUUAUAUUUUUACUUUGCUAUUUUUAUCCCUUAUUUAUUUACUGGAUUGUUACUCACCAUCUACCCUAUUUCAGCCCCCCUCGAGCCUGCAGCAGACCCCAGAUAGCCCACAUUGCAACACCUUUAUUUCUUGUCACGGGGGUGUGUCCAUGAAUUUCCAGAAAAAAUUAAGUGGAGUAACAGCCCCAUCUAGUGCUCACAUAACUGUACCAGUAAACUGGAUUGCUGACAUCUCUUAACUCCCCAGCACCCAUUUCCUGUGAUGAGAAGUGUCAGCAGUUGUGAGGGGUGUAACACUGCAAUGCUUUUACCACUCAUGACACAGCAAAAUUUACUGAUCUUAGUUAUGCACUGCACCUGUUGGCAAGUCAAGAGGCUGAUGUCCAAGAGUAACCUAUCCAAGAGCCAUCAAGUGGAGCCAUAAAUAUUCUCAAUACUCUGCUUUAGAGCAUUGAGAAUAUUUUAGAGUAUUGUUUCCAUUUACAGUUUCUUACCAAGAAACAGAUGAGACUUAUACAAAGCCUCCUGUAUAAUUCUGAUGGAAAUUCUUCUGGUUCAAACUGUGCCCUUCUUUCCAGUGUAAAACAACUGAAAGAGUGCUGAAAUGAGAACAUUUCACACUCAGGCAUCUCAACCUUGUCAGAACAUGUCCUAGAGCUCUGUUCAGAAUAUUUAUUUCAUUUACUAUUACUGCCCUCCAGUUCUUUAUUAUAGGCCAAAUUACCUCAGAAAGGCUCAAGCAUCCAUAUGAGUUGUUUUACCUUUUAGCAUAUUUUCAAAAUUUCAGUCCACAUUCUUGCAGCAAUUUUU